AUGCCGUGUGCGGAAGCACCGGUGAGGAGAAGGGGUUUGCGCCUGGCUGGCGAGGACCUUGCGCAGGGGGUGUUGGUGACCAUUUCCUACGGAGGUGGGUCACUUCCCGCGGCGGCAGCCGCCACCGUGCCCCCAUGGCUUGGGGCCUCCGAGCUGCAUCCGCCUGUUACUCAACUGCAAGCUCAGGCACCCAAGCUCCACCAAGCCUUAGGUCAGGGCUGGUGCUCUUAUGCAAGAGCAUGCUUUGCUCUCUGCCUCCUCCUCUGCGUGCGUGUAACUGUCCUCUCUUUUCUUCAGGACAGAGUCAUCAAUCUAGUUGUUGGCGGCUUAACGUCCUUGCUGCUUGUAGUCACUCUGAUCAGUGCUUUUGUCUUCCCGCAACUACCUCCAAAACCUGUGAAUAUAUUUUUUGCUUUCUGCAUCUCCUUGUGUUGCAUUUCUGCUGGCAUACUUAUCUACUGGUAUCGGCAAGGAGACCUGGAACCUAAAUUCAGGAACCUAAUUUACUACAUUUUAUUUUCUAUCGUCAUGUUAUGUAUAUGUGCCAACCUGUACUUCCAUGAAGUGGGUAAAUGAUGGACAUUGGGAAUGCCCAGCAAUGAUGCCACUGUGUCAGACUGCUUUCAGCUCAGCCCGAGACACUGAAGUGAGGACAAUCAGCCUGAGAGGAAAGAAGUGGGUUGUGCGGGGAUAAAUCAGUACAUGAUUUUCAUGUAAAUGUAUAUGUAAUGUCCCUCUUGUUGGGGAGAAUUAUUGCUCUAAGACGUGACAUUCUGCUUUUUUUUGAAGAGCUACUGUUGCACUUAAUGAACAUCCCAGUUGUACUGAUGUUUCAGAAUGGCACAAGCUUUUUCAUUUUGGAAAAAACUGCAUUUUUUUAUUACUGUACAAAUAAACUGCAGCAUUGCAAGGAUCUGUAGCAGUAUAAAUAAAUGGCAUCUUAC